UAUGUGAAGCAUUCCCAGACCCUCCAACCAACUCAGCAUCAGCUACUUCUCUGACGGGUCCUGAUUAAGGUCCUCCCAAGAAAGACUUCAUUGGAUCCACGCUCAAGAGGACGAUCCCAGGUUUUCCUGACCCCCCUACAUCGCUGUAAAGUGCCAAGGCCUUAAGACUUGGUUUUAUUUUAGUGACUGUACAUAUGCCUUGUUUCCUGGGUCUGCGGGAAGCAUGAGUCUGUUGGGACUUGGGACAAGAAGAAAACAAGACUUCUUCACAAGGAAAACCAGACACUAACAAAAAGAACCCCAAGGUCUGAAGAGAGAGAACACAACCAUGGCAGACAGAGGACCUGGGGACCCGCCGAAGGACUCUCAAAAGGAUUUGGAAAAUGACCCAUCAAUAAAUUCUCAGGCACAGGAGACCACAGUCACGGCAAGUACCACCAAAGAAGCUCAGAUCCUGAGCCCUGCCUCUGGUCUCAACAAGGACCACCAAGAAGUAGAAACAAUAGGUUCAGGAAGUGCAGAUACAAGUAAUCAAUCAGAAAGUCCAGAUGAAGCAAGUUAUGGGAACUAUCCAAAGGACAAAACAGAACUCAAGACCAACCAGAGUUUUCAGGAUGGCAAACUAGGGCAUCAACUCUCCUCAAAAAGUCCGAAUAAAGAAUCCUUGCAUCUUGAAAGUGUGGGUGAAAAAUCUUUGCAUCCUGAAAGUGUGGGUGAAGAAUCCUUGCAUCCUGAAAGUGUGGGUGAAGAAUCCUUGCAUCCUGAAAGUGUGGGUGAAGAAUCCUUGCAUCCUGAAAGUGUGGGUGAAAAAUCUUUGCAUCCUGAAAGUGUGGGUGAAGAAUCCUUGCAUCCUGAAAGUGUGGGUGAAAAAUCUUUGCAUCCUGAAAGUGUGGGUGAAGAAUCCUUGCAUCCUGAAAGUGUGGGUGAAGAAUCCUUGCAUCCUGAAAGUGUGGGUGAAGAAUCCUUGCAUCCUGAAAGUGUGGGUGAAAAAUCUUUGCAUCCUGAAAGUGUGGGUGAAGAAUCCUUGCAUCCUGAAAGUGUGGGUGAAGAAUCCUUGCAUCCUGAAAGUGUGGGUGAAGAAUCCUUGCAUCCUGAAAGUGUGGGUGAAAAAUCUUUGCAUCCUGAAAGUGUGGGUGAAGAAUCCUUGCAUCCUGAAAGUGUGGGUGAAAAAUCUUUGCAUCCUGAAAGUGUAGGUGGAAAAUCCUUGCAUCCUGAAAGUGGGGGUGAAAAGUCCUUGCAUCCUGAAAGUGGGGGUGAAGAAUCCUUGCAUCCAGAACCCAGCUGUUGUCCAAGUGAAGAGGUAGGAAGAGCAGAUGCACAAUUAGGGAGCAGCUCCGUAGACCUCCCUGAGGAAGCAAGCAACAGACCUGAAGCUUCACAGAAGCCACUUGCCGUAGACCCCCAGGGUGUCCGGGGUCCUGAUCAUUCCAGUGCAGGGCCGGAGAGCCAGGGUACACGGCGGAGGCGACUGGUGGAACCAGGAAGUCAUCAACAGGAAAUACAAACAUUAGAAGAAAAUAAAGAGGAUGCACAGGACGCCAUAAGAAAGAGUAAUAAAAAGGAUUUUUGGAGCUAUGGCUCCAUCUUUCUUGGCUUCCUGGUGGCUCUUGUUUUGCUAAGCUCCGCUCAAAGCUACUAUUCCUCUCCAGCACAGCAAGUGCCCCAAAAUCCAGCGCUGGAAGCCUUCCUGGCUCAGUUCAGCCAGCUGAAGGACACCUUUCCGGGCCAGAGCGCUUUUCUGUGGCAGAGAGGACGCAAGUUUCUCCAGAAGCACCUCAACGCUUCACACCCCACCGAGCCGGCCACCAUCAUCUUCACAGCAGCUCGAGAGGGAAGGGAGACCCUGCGGUGCCUCAGCCAUCGCGUGGCGGACGCCUACACCUCUUCCCAGAAGGUCUCUGCCAUUCAGAUCGACGGGGCGGGAAGAACCUUGCAGGACAGUGACACGGUCAAGCUACUGGUGGACAUGGAACUGAGCUCUGGGUUCGAGGAUGGCAGGAAGGCCGCCGUGGUGCACCGCUUCGAGUCCCUCCCCGCAGGCUCCACCUUGAUCUUCUACAAGUACUGCGACCACGAGAACGCGGCCUUCAAGGACGUGGCCCUCGUCCUGACCGUCCUCCUGGAGGAGGACACGCUGGCCGCCAGCGUGGGCCCCAGGGAGACGGAAGAGAAAGUGCGAGAUUUGCUCUGGGCCCGGUUUACCAACGCGGACACGCCCAGCUCCUUCAACCACAUGGACUCGGACAAGCUGAGCGGGCUGUGGAGCCGCAUUUCGCACCUGGUGCUGCCCGUCCAGCCCGUGCGGGCCAUCGAGGAGCAGGGCUGCCGGCUCUGAGCCAGGCGGGCAGCGGCGGUGGAAGGGAGGGGUUUAUUAAAGGCAGUUUAAAGGCCUUCCCUGUCUGUGGGAGGAAUGUGAGGAAAUCGCCUGAAAAGUACAAGUGGGCUUAUUUUAGGAAAAAAUCGUUUAUUUUUUACUUUUGGUAAAAUUUUUCUAAUCUAAGCUUGACAAAGCUAAAAGCUGACCUGACUUUUUUUUUCUUUGCUUUUCAAGCAAAUCAGGUUUGAAAUAGAUAACAGAUAGUGUAUAUA